AUGUAUAUAAAGGCAGAACAGAAACCCCAACAGUUUGAGAGGAAGAAUGAAAAACUAGACAGAAAUAAAAACCAGCAGCUACCAGAUCUUGAAACAGAUUUCAAGGGUUACAGAGUGAAUUCGGACCUAUACAACAAAGAACGAGAUGGAAGUACGGAAGAGACUUUAAACUCUUUGAAGUUUUUACAUAAACCUCAGAGAGUAACUCAAAUGAGAGCGAACAGGUUCCCAGAGGAAGAAGUGCAAAGAAACACUGAUUUAAACAAAAGAAUUUUCUCCGCAGGGAAUGAUGAAAACGUUGAUAAUGAGAGCGGCUGGUCAAAAAUUGCCGCUGCCAAGAAUCACACUUCCGUAGAAUCAUUAAAUGGCAGUACGAGACCCCCAUUCAAAAUAGAGCUGCCUCCCCUUUCCCCCAAAUCCACCGUACCAAAAUCUUUUCAAGCAGAAUAUCCCGAAGCUAAGUCACCUGGCAAUGAUAUGAAUUUUGAAUAUGAUGAAGAAAUUCUAAUUCCAUUUGCGCCACCUGUAUAUAAAAAGUCAGGUGAACUAUUGAAGAGCUCAUUGAAGAGAAGAUCAAAAUCAUUACCUACAACCCCAGGUAUAAGGAGCGGGAAUGGUGUCCAAGCAAGAGACGGUAGUCCGAUGUUGAUUAGGAGUAAGAGUGUUCACUUUGAUCAGGCGGCACCUGUAAAAUAUUUUGCUGAGGAUGAAAGCCCUAUAAACGUUAAUAAAACUGAACAACACGAUAAUUGUCUAAGCUUUAAGCAUAAGCCAGUGAAUUUAAUGGUGGACCCGGAAGAAGAGACAAAAAUGCUAUCAUCUGGAUUAGAAACGACAUCCAUAGAUGAUGACUUGACGACAGUUGCGCCAAAAGGCUUCGCACAUCCUGCUAAAAUUUCGAAUCCAAACAAUGGUAAAGGCACCAACAAUACAAAAUUAAGAAAAAGUAAAAGAUUUCAGAACCUCCUAAAGAACAGGACCGACAUGCCACCAUCAAAAUCAAAUAAAAAAUUCGUUAAUGGUGGCGGUGCUCAUGAAAUUUCAGAUCGUAAUUCAAAAAAUUACCAUGUUGUUGGAUUAUACAGCAAGAACUUCCCCAUUUUAAGCAACAAGAAUCCUAAAAGUUUAAAGCUGAACAUUUUUAUCAAUUUAUCACAAAAUAAGAAAGUUUUUCUACAAGAAUUGUCAUUAUACAUCCAUAGAGACAACAAUUACUUUUCAAAUUCCUCCUCAUUUUAUAAUAUUCCCAAUAGCCACAAUGGUAAUGACUGUAAUGGUGUGGCCAAGGGUUAUAACGCUGGCUGUACAAGAUUAAUUGCUGGAAGGAUACUAGUGAAAAACAUUUUCUAUGAUAAAAGAGUGGUGGUACGAUAUACGUGGGAUAGUUGGAGAACAACACAUGAAGUGGAAUGCGUUUACAUCAGUGAUGGCGAUGGAAUAUUGCCGGGCACUAACAUGGACAUUUUCCACUUCAUUAUCGAUGAUGUCAGCAAAGUGGAUCCUCGCGGCAAGUUAGAAUUUUGCAUUCAUUAUUCUACACGUAACGACUAUGAGCGCGAAGAGUACUGGGACAACAACAACGGGAAUAAUUAUAAGGUGGAUGUUGUAAUGGAUGGCUUUAACGAUCCCUUCGCGGCGGCAGCAUGA